AUGAUCCCUGGUAUCAAGGUGGACAAGGGCUACAACAAGAAGAAGGGCAUCUGGGGAACCCCGAAAGGCCCUUUGGGACACCCAGAGGUGGCCACUGUUGGCUUGGAUGACCUGCAGCAAAGAUGCCAGCAGGCCUAUGAGCAGGGUGCCCGCUUUGCCAAGUGGCGCAACGUGCUGCAGUUGGACCCGGCGAAGCGUAUGCCCACAGAGCUGGCGAUCGCAGAUACCGUGCACACCUUGGCUCGCUAUGCCUCCAUCUCUCAGAGUGAGGGCUUGGUGCCCAUUGUGGAGCCUGAAAUCGUUCCCAAUGGCGAUCAUGACAUCUACUACUGCGCCCAAAUGACUGAGAAGGUUUUGGCUGCGCAGUUCAAGGCCCUGGCAGACCACCACAUCUACUUGGAGGGUGCUGUCUUGAAGCCCAACAUGGUGAAGAAUGGCCUUGGUGGCCCGAAAGCCAGUGCUGAGACCAUUGCCGCCCUGACUUGCCAAACUUUGCUGCGCACGGUGCCUCCCGCCAUGCCUGGAAUCUUCUUCUUGUCGGGCGAGUCAGCUCGGAAUGAAGACAACGAGGAAGAGGCAACCAUCAACUUGAGCACCAUGAACAGCCUGUUUGCGGGCAAGCUGCCAUGGCACCUCUCCUUCUCCUAUGGCAAAGCUUUGCAGAGGACUUGUAUUGUCACGUGGUUAGGCAAGGCUGAGAACAAGUAUGGUGCCCAAAAGGCCUUGAAGGCACGAGCCAAGGCGAACUCUGAUGCUUGCUUUGGCAAAUACAAGGCAGGCAGUUGUCGAAGCCUUGGACCUGAUGAUGCUAGCAGCGACGUCCAGGAAACUGAGCCCACCCCACAGACAUCCACCAUCCGGUCAGUUGUGAGUGCUACGCAGCCAUUUGUGCAAAGGUCUCAGACUGGAUUCCAGACGCUCGCACGUGCUCGCACCAUGUCCUUGGCUCUGGGCGGCCUUCCAAGCGUGCUGCCGCAGGACAAGCUGGCGGAACUCAAGGAGACCGCGGCGAAGCUCUGCGCGCCAGGCAAGGGUUUCUUGGCCGCUGAUGAAAGUGGUGGGCCGUGGCUCAGGGUGCGUCAUGCCGAAGCGGCAAAAAUCCCAGAUGUGGCCGAGAACAGGGCAGAGUACCGGUCAAUGUGCUUCUCGACUCCCGGCUUGAGCGAGCACAUCGGCGGAGUGAUCCUCCACUGGGAGACGCUGUUUCAACGGGAUGCACAGGGCAAGGCCAUAGUAGACAUCAUCAAGGACAAUGGCAUGAUCCCUGGUAUCAAGGUGGACAAGGGCUACAACAAGAAGGGCAUCUGGGGAACCCCGAAAGGCCCUUUGGGACACCCAGAGGUGGCCACUGUUGGCUUGGAUGACCUGCAGCAAAGAUGCCAGCAGGCCUAUGAGCAGGGCGCCCGAUUUGCCAAGUGGCGCAACGUGCUGCAGUUGGACCCGGCGAAGCGUAUGCCCACAGAGCUGGCGAUCGCAGAUACCGUGCACACCUUGGCUCGCUAUGCCUCCAUCUCUCAGAGCGAGGGCUUGGUGCCCAUUGUGGAGCCUGAAAUCGUUCCCAAUGGCGAUCAUGACAUCUACUACUGCGCUCAAAUGACUGAGAAGGUUUUGGCUGCGCAGUUCAAGGCCCUGGCAGACCACCACAUCUACUUGGAGGGUGCUGUCUUGAAGCCCAACAUGGUGAAGAAUGGCCUUGGUGGCCCGAAAGCCAGUGCUGAGACCAUUGCCGCCCUGACUUGCCAAACUUUGCUGCGCACGGUGCCUCCCGCCAUGCCUGGAAUCUUCUUCUUGUCGGGCGAGUCAGCUCGGAAUGAAGACAACGAGGAAGAGGCAACCAUCAACUUGAGCACCAUGAACAGCCUGUUUGCGGGCAAGCUGCCAUGGCACCUCUCCUUCUCCUAUGGCAAAGCUUUGCAGAGGACCUGUAUUGUCACGUGGUUAGGCAAGGCUGAGAACAAGGAUGCUGCCCAAAAGGCCUUGAAGGCACGAGCCAAGGCGAACUCUGAUGCUUGCUUUGGCAAGGCUGAGAACAAGGAUGCUGCCCAAAAGGCCUUGAAGGCACGAGCCAAGGCGAACUCUGAUGCUUGCUUUGGCAAAUACAAGGCAGGCAGUUGUCGAAGCCUUGGACCUGAUGAUGCUAGCAGCGUGCCUGCUGGCAAGGGUUUCUUGGCCGCUGAUGAAAGUGGUGGGCCGUGGCUCAGGGCGCGUCAUGCAGAAGCGGCAAAGAUCCCAGAUGUGGCCGAGAACAGGGCAGAGUACCGGUCAAUGUGCUUCUCGACUCCCGGCUUGAGCGAGCACAUCGGCGGAGUGAUCCUCCACUGGGAGAAGGGCAUCUGGGGAACCCCGAAAGGCCCUUUGGGACACCCAGAGGUGGCCACUGUUGGCUUGGAUGACCUGCAGCAAAGAUGCCAGCAGGCCUAUGAGCAGGGCGCCCGCUUUGCCAAGUGGCGCAACGUGCUGCAGUUGGACCCGGCGAAGCGUAUGCCCACACCAUUUGUGCAAAGGUCUCAGACUGGAUUCCAGACGCUCGCACGUGCUCGCACCAUGUCCUUGGCUCUGGGUGGCCUUCCAAGCGUGCUGCCGCAGGACAAGCUGGCGGAGCUCAAGGAGACUGCGGCGAAGCUCUGCGCGCCAGGCAAGGGUUUCUUGGCCGCUGAUGAAAGUGGUGAGCCGUGGCUCAGGGCGCGUCAUGCCGAAGCGGCAAAGAUCCCAGAUGUGGCCGAGAACAGGGCAGAGUACCGGUCAAUGUGCUUCUCGACUCCCGGCUUGAGCGAGCACAUCGGCGGAGUGAUCCUCCACUGGGAGACGCUGUUUCAACGGGAUGCACAGGGCAAGGCCAUAGUGGACAUCAUCAAGGACAAUGGCAUGAUCCCUGGUAUCAAGGUGGACAAGGGCUACAACAAGAAGGGCAUCUGGGGAACCCCGAAAGGCCCUUUGGGACACCCAGAGGUGGCCACUGUUGGCUUGGAUGACCUGCAGCAAAGAUGCCAGCAGGCCUAUGAGCAGGGCGCCCGCUUUGCCAAGUGGCGCAACGUGCUGCAGUUGGACCCGGCGAAGCGUAUGCCCACAGAGCUGGCGAUCGCAGAUACCGUGCACACCUUGGCUCGCUAUGCCUCCAUCUCUCAGAGCGAGGGCUUGGUGCCCAUUGUGGAGCCUGAAAUCGUUCCCAAUGGCGAUCAUGACAUCUACUACUGCGCCCAAAUGACUGAGAAGGUUUUGGCUGCGCAGUUCAAGGCCCUGGCAGACCACCACAUCUACUUGGAGGGUGCUGUCUUGAAGCCCAACAUGGUGAAGAAUGGCCUUGGUGGCCCGAAAGCCAGUGCUGAGACCAUUGCCGCCCUGACUUGCCAAACUUUGCUGCGCACGGUGCCUCCCGCCAUGCCUGGAAUCUUCUUCUUGUCGGGCGAGUCAGCUCGGAAUGAAGACAACGAGGAAGAGGCAACCAUCAACUUGAGCACCAUGAACAGCCUGUUUGCGGGCAAGCUGCCAUGGCACCUCUCCUUCUCCUAUGGCAAAGCUUUGCAGAGGACCUGUAUUGUCACGUGGUUAGGCAAGGCUGAGAACAAGGAUGCUGCCCAAAAGGCCUUGAAGGCACGAGCCAAGGCGAACUCUGAUGCUUGCUUUGGCAAAUACAAGGCAGGCAGUUGUCGAAGCCUUGGACCUGAUGAUGCUAGCAGCGUGCCUGCUGUUGUGAGUGCUACGCAGCCAUUUGUGCAAAGGUCUCAGACUGGAUUCCAGACGCUCGCACGUGCUCGCACCAUGUCCUUGGCUCUGGGCGGCCUUCCAAGCGUGCUGCCGCAGGACAAGCUGGCGGAACUCAAGGAGACUGCGGCGAAGCUCUGCGCGCCAGGCAAGGGUUUCUUGGCCGCUGAUGAAAGUGGUGGGCCGUGGCUCAGGGCGCGUCAUGCCGAAGCGGCAAAGAUCCCAGAUGUGGCCGAGAACAGGGCAGAGUACCGGUCAAUGUGCUUCUCGACUCCCGGCUUGAGCGAGCACAUCGGCGGAGUGAUCCUCCACUGGGAGACGCUGUUUCAACGGGAUGCACAGGGCAAGGCCAUAGUGGACAUCAUCAAGGACAAUGGCAUGAUCCCUGGUAUCAAGGUGGACAAGGGCUACAACAAGAAGGGCAUCUGGGGAACCCCGAAAGGCCCUUUGGGACACCCAGAGGUGGCCACUGUUGGCUUGGAUGACCUGCAGCAAAGAUGCCAGCAGGCCUAUGAGCAGGGCGCCCGCUUUGCCAAGUGGCGCAACGUGCUGCAGUUGGACCCGGCGAAGCGUAUGCCCACAGAGCUGGCGAUCGCAGAUACCGUGCACACCUUGGCUCGCUAUGCCUCCAUCUCUCAGAGCGAGGGCUUGGUGCCCAUUGUGGAGCCUGAAAUCGUUCCCAAUGGCGAUCAUGACAUCUACUACUGCGCCCAAAUGACUGAGAAGGUUUUGGCUGCGCAGUUCAAGGCCCUGGCAGACCACCACAUCUACUUGGAGGGUGCUGUCUUGAAGCCCAACAUGGUGAAGAAUGGCCUUGGUGGCCCGAAAGCCAGUGCUGAGACCAUUGCCGCCCUGACUUGCCAAACUUUGCUGCGCACGGUGCCUCCCGCCAUGCCUGGAAUCUUCUUCUUGUCGGGCGAGUCAGCUCGGAAUGAAGACAACGAGGAAGAGGCAACCAUCAACUUGAGCACCAUGAACAGCCUGUUUGCAGGCAAGCUGCCAUGGCACCUCUCCUUCUCCUAUGGCAAAGCUUUGCAGAGGACCUGUAUUGUCACGUGGUUAGGCAAGGCUGAGAACAAGGAUGCUGCCCAAAAGGCCUUGAAGGCACGAGCCAAGGCGAACUCUGAUGCUUGCUUUGGCAAAUACAAGGCAGGCAGUUGUCGAAGCCUUGGACCUGAUGAUGCUAGCAGCGUGCCUGCUGGACCUUACUGAGUAAGUGAGCACCUGCUAAAUCCCUGCAGGUGCUCCCCAGCACUAGUAUGACUUGCAAGUGAGCAAAUGUAUGUCUCUCUAUUUAGCGAGAGAUGCGAAAAGGUUGAAUCGGCUUCGCUGUCAUUUGGUGCAGCUGCAAGUCAUCUGUACAGAGUAGUUCUUAAAGCGGUGCAGCUUGCAAGGCCGUAGGGCUGAACUUGUUUCAAGCACAGUAAUUGGCGCUGUCGUGACUUGUAAGUGGGCAAGGCAAUGUAUGUUUCCCAAUCUAGUGGCUCGGCUGUUUUGUCAGCGC